CUUAGUUACGUAAGACAUCCUACUCGAGUGCACGUGACAACUGGUUUCCAGGUUGGUACCCGCUGUCUCCUUCAGAAUAGGCUGUGGCUAAAAUCUCGUUUCUGCUGUGACAGCGUGUCGGACCUGUGCAAAAUGUCCUGCUUUUUUGAUAUCUUGUUAGCAAGCUGAGUGGCCGAAGGCACUUAAAGGGAGGGACGUAACUCGACUCGCCCAGAAACUUCAUUAACCGAUCUAGUCAUCACUGUCCGCUAGUGAAUCUAGUUCAACACAUUACCGAUUAUAAUCACACACAUGGGCAUACCUUUGGACAAAGCCUCUCUCUUAGCUUUGUUUCUUGAGACGUUGUUUUAUGGCGUGUUCUUCACUCUGUAUUGCUUAACACUGUUCAUCCUACUCAAGAAAGAUGGCAUUAACCGGCAACUCCUUAUCCCAGUCGCAACCGUGCUGCUCUGUCUUGCAACAGCUCAUCUCAUCGUCGAUUUUGUUCGAAUUUUGGAAGCAUUCAUAUUCAAUGUGGAUGUGAUUAGUGCAAAUGCCUACUAUUCCAAUCUUGCUGCUCCAUUGGAACUCGCAAAAACUGCACUUUACGUUACGCAAACCGUUCUCGCUGAUUGUGUCCUUGUUUGGCGAUGCUAUGUACUUCACAACAAAAGCCUCUUAGUUGCCAUUCCUGGUUUAAUCGUGCUGUCCGCAAAUGCGGUGAUUGGGUACUGUAUCAUUGGGUCCCUUGCUCAGGCCAGCAAUUCGUCCACCGUUUUUACCACUGGCCGUUCAUUCAUCACGACAUUCUUUACAUUGACCAUGGUUGUCAGUGUUACCUGUACUGGUUUGAUUGCCUGGCGCCUUUAUCGCACUCGCCGUUUUAUGGCAAACGGAUUUGUUACGUAUCUACCGAUUUUGAUUGUCAUUGUGGAAAGUGGCGCUUUAUAUGCGACGGGCGUCCUUUCAAUUCUUUUGACAUACUUGUCUGGAUCCAAUGGUCAAUACGCCGUGCUGGAUGCCGUCUCUCCUCUCAUGGGAAUCGUAUUCUGCCUCACCAUCCUGCAAGUACACUUCCAAGUAGGUGGCAACACCCGCAUUGCAUGGCCCCUAGAACCAAGGGCCGUUUUCAGCGGCUCUUCAGAGACUGAGGUAUGCGGGACGUGGCCUCCGAAAUGA